AUGAUCACCGGGCACGACCUCUAUGUGGUCUUAACAGCAGUGAUCCCACUCUACGUCGCCAUGAUAUUAGCCUACGGCUCUGUCCGGUGGUGGAAAAUCUUCACCCCCGACCAAUGCUCCGGCAUCAACCGAUUCGUCGCCAUUUUUGCCGUCCCACUCUUGUCCUUCCACUUCAUCUCCACCAACGACCCUUACGCAAUGAACUUCCGGUUCAUUGCCGCCGAUACCCUCCAGAAAAUCAUCAUGCUCAUCGUCCUCGCCCUCUGGACUAACCUCACCAAAAAUGGUAGUCUUGAAUGGAUGAUAACUAUCUUCUCAUUAUCAACACUACCCAACACUCUGGUCAUGGGUAUUCCUCUGUUAAUCGCCAUGUACGGCGAGUACUCCGGCAAGUUAAUGGUACAAGUGGUGGUGUUACAGUGCAUCAUUUGGUACACUCUCUUGCUCUUCUUGUUCGAGUACCGUGGUGCGAAGUUAUUGAUAAUGGAACAAUUUCCUGAAACUGCGGCCUCCAUAGUUUCGUUCAAAGUUGAGUCAGAUGUUGUGUCGCUUGAUGGUCAAGAUUUUCUUGAAACCGACGCAGAGAUCGGCGAUGAUGGAAAGCUUCAUGUAGUAGUGAGAAAAUCUAAUGCCUCGAGGAGGUCACUUGGAUGUUCACUUCCGGCAUUGACUCCUCGGCCGUCGAACCUCACCGGAGCUGAGAUAUACAGCUUGAGUUCAUCGAGAAAUCAGACGCCGAGAGGGUCUAAUUUCAACCACACGGACUUUUAUUCAAUGAUGGGUUUUCCUGGAAGGUUAUCGAACUUUGGUCCGGCCGAUAUGUACUCCGUUCAGUCAUCAAGAGGUCCGACGCCACGGCCAUCGAACUUUGAAGAGAAUUGUGCAAUGGCUUCUCCGAGAUUUGGUUUCUACCCAGCACCGCCGGUGACGACUUCUUAUCCAGCACCCAAUCCUGAUAUUGCUUCUACUGUCCCUAAGACCUCCAAAACUCAGCAACAAGAGCCACCACAGCCGCCUCCUCCACCACCGCCACCGCCACAGCAGCAGAAUAUGGCUGUGAGUAAAGCGAACCAUGAUGCUAAGGAGCUUCACAUGUUUGUGUGGAGCUCGAGUACAUCUCCCGUAUCAGAUGGCGGUGGUCUUCACGUAUUCAGUGCUGCCGAUCAGUCUGAUCAUGGUGGUGCCAAGGAAAUCAGGAUGUUG